GGUCAUGGCCUUACACGGCUAUAGACCGGACUGCUGGGACCUCCUGACGCGCUGGAGGCCGAUGUCUGGAGAGCGUCCGUGGAUCACGACCAUGUUGAACUACGAUGGAGGAGACGUGGCAAAGCUGAAAAUUAAUGUGGAGGGAGCUAAGGAGGAGGAGAUGAGGGCUAAGUCGAAGCUGCAAGCAGCUAUUACUGAGGCUAAAGACCUCGCUAAGCGACACUGCAUGAGGGAUGGUGUGACAACGGAGAUGCAGGUGACUAUUGCUUAUCAUGAAGCCGAGACCUCUACAGAUACAGUGGACCGGGAACAUACCCAUUUGGACAAGGACUCAGGGGCAGAGAGCAAGAUGAGCGAGGCUGAGACACGAUCGUGGCAUGGGCUAGAGCAUUGGCGACGGGACCACCCACGGACAGACCCAGUGGAGAGCGGUCCUGAGGCCGACUCGCUCCGGCGAGCGAACAGGCAGCAAGACAUCGCGCAUGUGGGAUUCACGCGAAAAAGAGACUGGGCUGUAUAUGCGAGAGCAGCACGCUUGCAAAAGGAGAGAGCAAGAUACGAAGAGCACCGAUCUCAACUCAUCAAGCGGGCGGCUAUGGCACGUAGCAAUGACCUUUUUGGCUAUAGGCCAAGGCAUUUGAGGUUCUACUGGAGUUGGGAGCCUAUGUCUGAAGAGGGAGCUACAGUGGAUGCCUGCUUGAGCUAUAGUAAAAGUGACAUGAUGGACAAGCUAAAAAUUAAUGUCUACGGAGGGAAAGAGCAGGAGAUGAGGAAGAAUGUAAAGGUUCAGGGUGUAAUUACGGAGGCUCGUGACCGAGCUGAACCGAGGUUUAGAAGGGAUGGAGUGAUUGCGAGCUUAAAAGUAAUGGUUACUUACCAUGAAGAGGAGACCUCCACGAGCACGACCGAGAGGGAACAGCAGGAACUGGACCAUGACUCCGAGGCAGAGUCCGAGGCCAGCGAUGCGCAGACCAGGUCUUUCCACGGGCUGGAGUAGUGGCGGAGAGAGCAUCCGCCGACCGAGUCCGUAGAGGACGGCCCGGAGGCCAGUUCGCGUCAGCAGUAAGACGGCAAGAGGCAGUUACAAGUGAGUGAGGCGGCCCCGUGUGAGGGCGAGUACAGCAGGCAUGCUCAGGACGCUGACAUCGACUUAACUUCUGCGUGUAAGAAAUUAGGGAGAGGGAACACAUGUGAAGACCGAGAGCGAGGGAGAGUCAAUCACGAUUGGACGGACUUGGCUCUAAGAGCGCAUGAAAACCAUUGGUUUUUUUCAUGCACGCGCCCUCGACCAGUCCACGACCUCGUCUACCAUGCCCAAGUAAAUGUUAGUCCACAGA